UCAUCAACCAAGUCUCGAAAAACAAAAAAGAACAUAGGUCCAAACUAGAUAAUCUCGGGUCUCCGUGUUCGGAUAAAUAAACCAAAUUUGGAUAAGGAAGAUGUUGAGGCGGUCAUUUGGUAGCGGCGACGGCGCCGGAAACAAAGGCGGUGCGAUGAUGAGGUCCAUCCACAGAACCGUGCGAGCCGGUGGUUGUGGUGGUGGUGCAACCCAAGACUCUCUUUCUCGCCCUACUUCACCAACCGGUAACACCACUCCUCCUAGACCCUCGUCCAAUAUUUUCAAACCCAAGGGCUUAAACACACUCUCUGUGUCCAACUCUAAUGCUACUGCUUCAUCUCCUUUUUGCAAUCCAUUUCAUGCUCCAAUGUCCACGUGGGCUUAUGCUUCUGAUUCUUCUGAGGCUGAUGAGUGGGAGUAUGUUGAUAGCUGUGAUGUAGUUGAGGAGAAGGAUGUGGGUUUGUGUUGUGAUGAGAAUCUUGUGUUUGGGUCUGUUCCUUCUGUUGAAGAAGUGCAACAUGCAGUCUCUUCUCUCCAGCAGGUCCUUGACCCAGUGUUGUUCCAACAGGUUCUAACGGGUGAUGCUGUUAAUGACUUGGAUAAAAAGUUAGUGGACCAAGUAACUAGUCCGACCAGUUUUCUGCGCAGAGUUCCUUCAUAUGGGUCGGAGGUAGAUUGGAUGGAACCCUCACUGCCACUCUGUAAUGCAAGUCUUUUAAAGAAUUUUGGUUCAGAUGGAUUGUAUGAUGCUUUUCAUUUACUUCGGACAGAACCACAUGUUCAGAAAAUGGUAAUUUCACUGUCUUCUGACAAAGCUGUAUGGGAUGCUGUUUUGAACAAUGAGGUUGUGCGGGAAAUCAAACAAUCAAUUGCUCAAGCUGAAAGCAAUGCCUCUCUGAGCUCCAUAUCCAGUGAUGAUUCUCAUGACUCGGGGACAUCAGUAGACAUAUUGAGUUGGAUAUUUGUCAACAUGAAGGCAAAAUUUGUGGACUUGGUCGACAAAAUAACAAAUAUGAUGAAUGGCUUGGUUCUGCCAUCUAAAAGUGCGAAUGAAACGGAACAAGUUGUGGACUCAUUCGAGGAGAAACUAAAGGCUUCUUUCAUGCUUUCCAUUGUGGUCUUCUUGAUUGUGGUUGUGAGUCGAGCCAGUAGGGCUUGAUUAUAAUUUGCCGACUUGCCUAGCCUAACGUGUCUUCUUGGAUUGUAUAUGGAGGUCUCAACUCCACUCAGUCCAGGGUAUGAUACAGUUCAUGUAUUAGCCUAGUAAUAUUAAGUACCAGUAUAUAACAGCAUGCUCUUUCUUUAAUCAGUGAUAACGGAUAUUCCAGGCCGAGGGGAAACACAGAUAAUAUAUGCAAAUCGGCAUUUCAUAAUGUAAUGUGAAGGGAAUGAGACUGUAUCAGCUCAUGCUCCUCUUCAUUUCUGAUCCACCUUUUGGUUGCAUUU